UAUUCAUAGACAUGAUUGGUGAUAUAAACAGGUUGAUGUAGUGAAGAUGAGUGGCCAAGGUAAGGAUCAUGAAGAAGAUGAUGAAGCAAAACUUCCUGGAUUCAGAUUUCAUCCGACGGAUGAAGAGCUUUUAGUGUAUUAUCUUCGAAGAAAAGUAGAGAACAAACCCAUCAAACUCAAGCUUAUUAAACAGAUCGAUAUCUACAAGUUCGAUCCUUGGGAUCUUCCAAGAGUGAGCAAUGUUGGGGCAAAGGAGUGGUACUUUUUCUGCAUGAGAGGCAGGAAAUACAAGAACAGCGUUAGACCAAACCGGGUCACUGGUUCAGGUUUCUGGAAAGCCACCGGUAUAGAUAAACCGGUGUACUCCAAUCUUGACUGCGUCGGUUUAAAGAAAUCUCUAGUUUACUAUCUUGGUUCAGCUGGUAAGGGCUCCAAAACCGAUUGGAUGAUGCAUGAAUUCCGCCUCCCCUCCUCAUCCGAGUCGCCAACUCAACAAGCAGCAGAAGUAUGGACACUAUGCAGAAUCUUCAAACGAGUCACACAUCAUCGAAACCCAACCAUCGUACAACCAAACCGUAGACCGGUUAUCACCUUAACCGACUCGGGUUCUAAGACGAGCAGCUUAGAUUCCGAUCACACCAGCCAUCACGUCGUUGAAUCCUUGUCCCAAAAGCUACAUGAGCCGCAGCUUCAGCCACAAACGCAGAAUCCUUACUGGAACCAGUUAACUACGGUUGGUUUUAAUCAACCGACAUAUAAUACUUGUCAUGAAAACAACUUCCUGAAUCUCUGGAACAUCAACGGUGGAGAUUUCAUCGGUGAUGCAACAAGUUGGGAUGAACUAAGAUCUGUUAUAGAUGGAAACACUAAUCACUUGUAAUAACUUUUUUAUCUCCUACUUCGGGAGAUGUUUAUUUUCUUGCACGUUUGGAUACUA